UUAUUGUCUUUUCCAUAAUCCUUCCACUAUGCCACUCGGCACUCUAUUAUGUAUGGGCAGCACGACGCUUUCCACUACUACUCACCACUUAAUCCAAUCAAAUGCAGUGAAGCAGCAAAUCUCCAUAUUUGGAUUUGGUGACCUAGUCAAGAGGCAGGGCUAUGGUUAAUACUGUGCAGUGAUUGGUUGAAUUGCGGAGCAUUAUACAGAAUAUGGAUAAGUAGCUGCUCCUACUAGAUCAAUAAACUAUUCAAGGCUGGCUUGUGUGUGGGCAGGGUGGAUAAAUACUAUGGACUACUACUACCACAUUUUGCUUGGCUGUAUUAUUUGUGUAAAGAUUGGAUCUAACGCCCACACCUUGGGAUUGAUAUCUGAUUGAGAAAAGCUUCUAUAAGAUCCAUCACACACGUGUAUAUACCCAACAAUUCCAAUACUAGCAUUCUCUAUUUGUCAACUAUUUGGAUUUUUACCUUUUGAUGAUUUGUUAUUGGAAUUUUACAAAUAAUAGGAAACGUAAACCAGGAAACAAUUGGUAGCCAAGGGAAUACUGGAGUAGAUGUGCUACAGGAAAAAUUUAUUGAUUGUUUUCACAAACGAGAAGAACAUUGAAAAGGCAGAACCAAAUUUGAUGGUUUGGAACUUUGACCGUCACUAUUUGCAGCUUUGCUACCAAAAUAUAUUGCACGGUAGCAACACGCUCUGUGUGCUUUCAACUUAGACGAAUUUGAACUAUCAUUCAAGGACCAAUAUUUCGAAAUGGGUUCAAAUUUUAUUUUACGUCUUUUAAAACGGAACUCAAGUUCGUCAUUGAAACCUCGCAUUGACAACCACAGUCUGUACACGAGUAUUCAGAUGAGCCAGGUGCUCGUUGAGGGCGUCUUAACUGUACAUGAACCCUGGCGAAGGAAUCGAAAGAAACCAAAAAGUGUUUUCCUGAGUCUGUACACGAAUGACUCAAGCCCAUUUAUCGUCUGGUACGCAGAAAAAAAUCGCAAAAAAACGCGUGGAUAUUUUAAUAUUCGUGGUGCAAAGAUCGCACCGAUCGGCGAGUACAGUUUCCAAAUUAUAUUUGAUAACUCUAGCCAGAUAUACAAAUUCCAUUGUGAAUGUUGGGAUGAUAGGGAGGCUUGGUUGUACAAACUCCGAGAACAAAGCCGUAAAGAAAUUUCUGUUCAAUUAUUCCGAUCAAGUUCAACGGAAGACAACAUUGAUGAACCAUGUGUGAACAAUGACAGACGGCAAACUGACCGACCAAGCUGGAAAAGUCAUCGACGCGUAGUUAGUACCGGAUCCCCAUUGCCUAAUUUUCAACAGGGUCAAGUAGUGAACUUGCAGCGAAGUCGGAGCCAACCUCAUAUCCAGAAAAGGCGCAUUGUGCGUCGACGACCAACUUUAAGCGAAAAGCAGCAGACCGGACUUUGUACAGUUGGCAACAAGGUCUCAUGCCAUCAAUCAUUUAUACGCUCGCCGCAGGUAAAAGUAAGUCGAGGGUGAACGCUUACGACGGUUGAACUCACAUUGACAUUAAUUCACGGUGCUUGAAAUAAUUCCUUUGCAUCAGACUUUUAGGGGAAAAAAAACUGUUGGUCCAAUGAAGGGAAUCUAGCUGCCCUUCUGUGCUAUAUGGGGAUAUGUAGUAGUGAGUCUUAAUGUGGCGGUGAUAUGUAAAUGAGAGAAGAUGAACUGUAUUCAAAAAUUCAACUUCCACACAAUUUAACAAAAUAUGCUCAAAACAUCAGUUAAUUUAUUAUUACAGCAUUUUGUUGAUAUAGGUUCAUAUAAUAUAAUAUUGAAUUUUAUUAUAUUAUUAUACGGUUUUGGUUUAAUUUUUGAGAAUAUAAAAUAUUGAUUCUCAAUCUCAUGUUCCAACAGUGAUGUGGUCAAAAUAUUUCACAGAGGAAGCAAUGCCAACAUUCCAAUUUUAUUUUCCCACUUAUAAUAAAUUAACAUUAAAAAUUUCAUUAAAUUUAUUAAUUCAGAGAUCUGUAUUACAUUUCUGAAUUUGAAUAAUCAGUUUUAAUAUUUAAUUAUGUAGAAAUUCACUGAAAUGGUGCUUGUUGUGAAAAAAAUCUCAAUUUGUAAACCAAAUUCUAGUAAUCAUAACACUUGCUUGUUCUUACAACCAAUAGCGAUGAUUUUCAAAAUCCUACCUUAUAGGCCUGUUGGUCCAAAUUAGGAGGAAACAUUGUUUCCAAAAAGUAAAUUUUGAUGAAUUAAACACUAGUUUGAAUUUUAGCCAGAAUUUUUACUCCAAAAAGAUUAGUGCCUUGUAAGAAUAUUACAUUCCCAAAAAAAUUACAUUAAAUAACAAAAACUGAUUUUGGAAUUUCAUAAAAAUGUAUCUAAAUGCUGAUCAAAAUUUAUAUCAUGAUAUUUUCAUGGUUUUUAAAUGAAAUUUAGUCAAACAAAAUAAAUGUUUGAACUUUUAAAAGUGAUAUUGAAUAAGCCGUUACAAUACAGUUCCUGCAAAAUUGUCAGUAUUAUAUAUUUUAUUUUAAAAUAUUUAUGUAAUAUACUUUUUGAUUAUAUAAUGGCUAAGUUAAUAAAAAUUACAACAGUAAACAUAUAAGAAGGAAAUAUUGCCUGAUUUUAAUGUAUUUUAUCUUGACAUACAAUUUAUCCCCAACAAUGUUUUCCUGUGUCAUAGUAUACAAAAAAGCUCAAUAUGGUCACAAAAUUAUAAAUAUUAGUUAAAUACAGUAAUAAACAAUUAUAACACUUUAAUAUCAUUAUGUAUCUUACAUCAUUAUACAGGGUAUGUUACUCUAACUGUACCAUGAUCAUUCAAAUACAAGUAUUUUGUAUAUAGAUGGAAAAUUCUUCCCAGAUAAACAUAAUGUAUGUACAACAACUUUACAUAUUCUUAGCUGGAUAAUUUUACAAGUCUUUCAUUGCCUCUUAUUAGAUCUUUUUAAUGUCUAAGCCAAACAACUUUAUUUACACAGAUAAGGAUAAUCUGGCAAUUAGAUUUGGGCAUUCCUUCUUAAAUGUCAGAUUCCUAACCCCUCCCCAUACUGUAACACUUCCAGCUAUUUGUAAUUGUUAUACCAUGGUUAUACAUGUUUGUAUGCUACUGAGAACUCACAGCAGCUUAUCAACCCACCAGUCAGUCGGUAACACUGAAUUAUAUUUGUGUAACUAAUUCUAUUAACAUCAAAGAUUUAUUUACAAACUGUCAGCCCAACCUCGCUGAACCUCUAUCAUUUGUCGUAGUUAAAGAUAUCACUUUUAAUCUGCCGAAUACUAAAUAACAGAAAACACUCAAAAACUAAUAUUAAAAAAUAAUUAUUAGUUAUUCGAAGCCAGUCAUUUCUCAUCCCUGUAUAAAUAUUUUGAACUUGAGGUUUUCUCUCACGCUGUGAAGAAUGUAACUCGUGUUGUUUUAUGAUGCAUCUUACCACAGUAUCACAGCCACUAAUGGUUAUUAGUACAGGCAUCACCCGCUGUUCCUCCAGGUAACCUCUCCUGUAGAGAGAUGCAUUAAGCCCGCAGAGUACAGGCCUUUGAUGUUUGUUGACACCUUAGCGUAGGUAUCACAUGGCCUAGUUACCAGCAUCACUAAUAACAAAUAACACAAGUUCAGUGCUGUGUGAAAACAGUUGCUUGCACGCACCGUGUUCCUCAGGUUGCACCUAUAAUUUGCGUGGGAGGUCGGUUGAAUUGUAGGAGAGUUGGACCUAAAAAACUCAACAUAUUAUUUAAUGAUUAUUAUAUAAAGUGAUAUAUUAUAGAUCUCUUUAAUAUCCAACAGAUAUCAGUAUAUUUUUUAACUUGCAUUUUAUAUUGGUUUUGUUUUAUAUUGGUUUUUGCUGUACUGUACUUCCAUUUAAACAAUAUUUUUACCUCAUAUGGGCAUUGAAUAUCAUUACUAUUAUUAUGUUAAGUUUAAUUAUAUUUUGCAUUUAUUAAAAUAUUAAUUUCAUACAUACUUGAAUUAUGCAUAUGUAGGGCAACUAUGUAGAGGAAAAAUACCAUUUCCAACAUAAUGAAGUUAUUAUAGUAAAUAUAUUUGUAUAAUUCAUAUAACGUCAUUUAUGAUAAUAUGUAAUGUCUGUACAAUUUAUAGAUCACUAAAAUGUCUUCUUGUUGUGUUUGGCUGUGGAUGUUUAAAGUGUUCUCAUUAUACCAGCGUUUACUAGCCAUUUCUUGUGCUUCAGUUCAGAGUAUUUUUAUUUUAUAGUAAAAGCAGUACUUGAAUGUCAUUAGCACUAAUCUUGUUUUUAUCAUGAACAUUUCAAUUUCAAAAUUUUAAUACUGAAAAAAAAAUGUGUACAUAUUGUAACAAAGCUCUAGAUUAUUAUGAAACAUGAGAAAUAAGUUUCUGCCCAAUAAAAUGAAAAAAUUAUUGAUGAUGGUACUUUGCAAUUUGGAUAAAAAUUGAGCAUACUGGUUUUGCUUUUCCAUUAUCAUUAAGAAUUUAUUUCUCUCUCGGAGCACACUUGCCAAUUACAGUAUGGAAAUUUGUGAUGAUCUGUAAACUAACCCCCAAUUCACACAAGAAGACUUCUUUGCUAGGGAAAUUUUAGCACACACCCCCUGCUAAAUUGCAUCUGUGUGAAUGCCUAUCUGUGUAAGAUUAGCUUGCAUACUGUAUAAUAUCAACGUAAAAAAAACAUUGCACAUUGCAGAAACCUGUAAACACUCCCAAUAUAUUUAGCAAAGAUCUGUCGCAUGCUCAUUGGGUGGAGCUUUUAUCCAAUUUGUGCGUAUCUUGCCUGCGUAUAAAUUAUACUGACUUUCAGCAAGAUUUGCAUUCGCUUGUGUGAAGACGACAGUAUCCCGGGAAGUUUUUGGCACGUGUAAUAUUGUGUGAAUCGGGGUUAUUCUCAUUAUGGGGAUCAGGUAAUAAUGGAGUUCAGGAGUUUUAAGACUCGAGAACAUGUAAUGGGAAGACAAGCAUAUUAAAAACCCUAGUCAUGGCUAGUUUUUUUAAGGAAAUCGAUGAGAUAACAUUUUUUAUUAUAAUGUUCAGUACUCUCACUAAAAUGAAUUGAAUAGUUUGGGUUGAUAAUUACAAAAGGGAAUAAAAUACAGUAGUGCAGUAGUUAUGUAUUGUACUAGCUACUUGCCUGGUACUAAAAAAUAAUGACAUUCUUUGUAUUUUUAUUAUCAAUUACUACUAUGAAUCAAAUUAGUGUCCUUUACCGUAUAUAUUUCUUUCAUAUAAACAUUCAACCUUUUCUUGUGACCAAAAAAUUCAGACCAUAGAGCGAUGAUUAUAAAUUUAUGUUUUUAUAUUAUAACUUGAAUCAAUAUUUCAAAUGCUAAAAUGAUCAACCUUGGCGAUAGAAUACCUACUAAUAUUUUAUCGUAACUUUGGUAGGAUGAUGGUGGUAAUUUUUUUAAUGUACGACAUGCAUAUGAAUGCUUGGUUAUGAUUUUCUGAUUAAGAAGGGAAUUUACUUUCAUCCAUCUUUUUUAAAGAAAAUUAACUGCUUUCAUUCAUUUACAUAUCUUGUAUGAGAAAUGAUGAUCAAAAAUGUUUUUUUUUUUAGAUUAAAAAAUUAAACAAUAAAAUAUAAAUAAAAUUACCAAUUUAGAAACUAUUAAAGAAAUUGCAGAUCUAUUUAUGUGGAAUUUUCAAUUAACAUUCCACAAAGUCCAAAAUUUUAGUUUUAUGAGAGAAAUGUUUGUUGCUCAUCUUUGUUUGGUAAAUUAAAUGUGAACAGACAUUUUUUUUGAAUAUGUUACGAUGUUACUUGCUCUUAAAUAUUUUUAAAAAUAAUACUGAAAUAGUUAUAAUAACAUGGAAUGGUUUGAUACAUGUUAUCUGGGUAUAAGAAUUGUGACAAAAGAUGGUACAGUUUUAAACAAUGGCAAUAUCAAUGUUGAAGGUAUGCUAAAAUGCUGCCAAAUAUUUUGGGUAGCUGAUUGAUGGAUGGAUGGAUAUCGGGAUUUUGGAGAACAUUGUGUUCUUAGGAGAGGGUAUAUUUUGAAAUAAUACUAUGUUAUACUUAUCUUGUCCAAUUAUCAAUGCAUUAUAUAUUAUUUUAAUCCUUUGGUUAUAUAUAAUAUAUCAUUUUAUAUGUGAAUUUAUAUAUCCUUAGUCCACUAUUAGCGACUCACAGAAACCAAGGUUAUAUUUUUAGGAACUCUUACAAAAAAGAACAAGUUUUUAUAGUUGUACAAAGAUAAAACACUGGUAAAAAGUGUGAAUGCUCAGAGAGUCAAAAAGUAUGUUGUUAACUUGUUUCCAUGUCUGAAAAUAUGUUGAUGAUACAGCAGAACUGAGCUUGCUAAUUUUGAAAAGCCUUGCUCAGUGUCUUGUGUGUACAUAGAAAGUAUUUGUACAAACAACAUACCUAUUGUAAAUGGUUAUUUAAAUGUGAGCUUUACCAGUGCAGUAAUUCUUGUAAGGUGGGGUAUUUUGAGAGGUUCAACAGCAUAUUAAAGCUUAUCACUUGCUCUGGGAGUGCCUCUCUCCCACCAAAUUUAAUCAGUACUUUGAGGGAACUUCUUUCCUGAACAAAACACUAGUUCAAUUAUUAAUUACUGUCUUUUAAGUACGUACCAAGAGAAUACAAGCUAUUGAAAACACAAGGGAUGUGAAAUUGUGGAUUCUUCACUAUAUCCUUGGUGCCUCUAUUUUUGUUUUUAGCAAUAUAAAUUUACAACAGUUGGAUACAAGAUACCGGUAAAUAAUUUAAAAUGGUUGUCACAUGACCUGUCAAACCCUUAUAUGACUUUGUCAUAUGACCCGUAUAACUUCUUAAAUUAAAUGACACAUGACUAAAGACAUACAAGUUAUCAUUCUCAGCUCAAACUUGAAAAUUCUCCAGAAUAUUCCACUGUCAAAUUGUAAUUAAAGCACAAAUGUAAUAAAACUGACCACUGAGUAAUAAGUUGGGAGGGGUUUGAUCAUCCCACACCACCCAUACCCCAGAUUCUUUUAUGUGAAGGGGACAUUUCACGGUGCACAGACUAAAAACCACCGAACAUGAAUCUUGUUUCUGUAAACGUUAGUCAAUUGAUAUUAUUUUAUUAUUAUUAUUAUUAUUCCAUAAUGUAUUUACGAUAUGUAUGUAUUAAUAUUUUAUCCAAUGCCUAUAUUGAUAUAUGCAUGUAGAAUAAAGUGCAAUGCUAACGUGUUGUAUCAAACAAGAA